UAUUAUUAUUAUAAUCAAGGGGGAAGCACUAAACCCGUAGGAUUAUACAGCGCCUAUGGGGGGAUGGAAGGCAUUCAGGCUUAAUUCAGGGAACUGGAGCACAGAUCCAAUUCCCUAGAUCAAGAGCCCCUCACCAGCGUCAAGGAGCCUUCCUUGAGGGGUGAACAUAAAUACAGAGGUACAAAAAAUACAGGUUUGAUGCAAGUCUGAACAACAGAUACCAUGGCUGGCAGGUUCUGGCGAGAAGCAGCGUCCCUUAUUAUUGUUGGAAGCACACCUUCAAGUGUUAAGCCCCAUGGGAUUUGUGAUGCAGAUUACAGCCUGCUCUUUCUCAAACGAAGUCAGAAGAGCUCCUUUAUGCCCAAUGCUUUUGUUUUUCCUGGUGGUGUAAUUCAUUCAUCUGAUUUUUCGCAAGAUUGGCUUGAUAUAUUUAAAAAAUGUGGGUACACAGCUUCUGAUCUAUUAAAAGAAUUCAGGAAUCCAUCACCCCUACCAGAAUUCUAUGCAAACAAAGCACCUGACAGUAUCUUACCGGAGGUUGGGUUUAGGAUUGGAGCCAUUCGGGAAACUCUUGAAGAGAGUGGUAUAUUGUUCUCGAGCCACUUACCUGGUAAUCCUCUUGAGCAGCAUGAUCUGGACCAUUGGCGCAGAGCCAUUCAUAAGGAUGCUACUCAGUUUAUUAGAUUGUUUCAAGAGAUGGGUGGUUGUCCUGCAGUCUGGGACCUUCAUGAAUGGAUGGGUUGGCUCACACCAACCAAUAUAGACAAAAAGAGAUUUGAUACAGCUUUCUACAUCACAUUUAUAGAUACCAUUCCAAGAGUAAUUACUGAUAAUAAGGAAGUUGUGGGUCUUCAGGUGUCUUCCCCUUCAGUCAUUCUUGAACAAUGGUAUAAUAAGGAACUGUGGUUACCUCCACCACAAAUUUAUGAAAUUAGUCGCCUAGUCCAGCUUUCGAAGUAUGAAGAACUUAAUAGAUUUGCUCGUUGGCGUGGGGAAAAUGGGAUUUGACAGGUAUAUGCCAUGCACAUUAAUGCCUGCAAUGGUUUACUUGCAGUAAUGCCAGGUGAUGAUUUGUAUCCAAAUGAUCCAGACUAUAUAGGAAAGGAAGCAAUCACCAAACUGGAUUCAACACUGGAAGAACUGCGGAAAGCAGCUACACAUUUAAACAGGAUGGAAAUAAGGAAUAGAGAUGAUGUGCGUUGUAUUGUGAACAUUUUACCUAAAUAUGGGCACAUUCCCGCUGUAAAUAGUAUGCAGGUAUUUGAUAAUUUAAAAUCAUAGUAUUAUAGAGAUUGAAUGUCAGUGUUGGUUUGGUAAAAUCUGUUAAGACUUACAUUAAAGGUUAGUGUGUAGUAUUGUGAAAACAUUAUUUAUUUGCCAUAAUUAAAUUUGCAAGCCAGUAUAACCCUUCCACAUGGAAAUUCGUAAUACUAAUUCAAAUGGCAAAAAAGGUAAAGGAAGAGACCUGUAAUAUUACACUCUGACUUAUUUUGCCACAUUUCAGAUCAGAGAAUUGGUAAAGGUAAUACAGUGGACCCUCGACCGGCGAUAUUAAUCCGUUCCUGAGAGCUCAUCGUUAAUCGAAAUUAUCGUUAGUCGAGUUAAUUUUCCCCAUAAGAAAUAAUGGAAAUCAAAUUAAUCCGUUCCUGACACCCCAAAGUAUUGAAAAAAAAAAA